AUGCCAUCCAACGCAGAAUUGGCCAAAAAAAUUGAAGCACUUGAGUCUUUAGUUCGCUCUAGUCUUGAUACCCUUGCAAAUGAACUAACAGCUAAAAUUAAAGAAAAGCUAGCACAGGAAGGUCUCGGGGAGCAUGCGUCCCUCAGUGAUAGUGUUCAGUUUCUGUGUGACAGUUUCGACUCUGUCAAAACAAAGCAGGAUGAAUUGAAACUGAUUAACAAGGAACUAGUUGCGCAAAACAAGGCACUGACUAGAAUGGUUGCGGAGUUGGAGCAAUACUCGAGGCUCAAUAAUGUUGAAAUUAAGGGCGUUCCGGUCACUCAGGGUGAGGACUGUGCGGCCAUUGUGAUGCAGAUUGGCGAAGCUAUUCAGUGUCCUGUCACGCCCAGCGACUUUGACACAGUUAAUCGCGUUUCAACGAAAUCAGAUGAAAAGAACAUUGUUGCACGGUUCUGCUGCCGCGAAAAGAAAGACGACUUAGUUCGUAAAGCGCGUCAGACCCGCCCGAACACUUCUGAUGUUAGCUUCUCCGGUGGCUCAAGUAAGGCAAUCUAUGCCAAUGAUCACCUGUCUCCAGAGAACAAAAGAUUGUUUACUAAGGCCCUAAACCUGAAAAAAGCACACAAAUGGCAAUUUCUGUGGACAGACAAUUGCCAGAUCAAGGUGCGGAAGUCUGGUGAUUGCAGAGUAUAUCGCAUUAUCAAAGACAGUGAUCUUAGCAUCUUUUCAUAG